AUGGCCUUCAUUCAUCAUGAUCAAGAAAGCUUAUAUGAAGCAUGGGAAAGAUUUAAAGAUUUAUUGAGAAAAUUUCCUCAUCAUAGUUUGCCUAAAUGGUUACAAGUCCAAACUUUCUAUAAUGCUUUUUCACCUAACAUUAAGAUUGCUCAUGAUGCAGCUGCAGGAGGAUCUUUCGAAAGAAAGGAAAUCGAUGAGGCAUAUGAUUUGAUAGAAGAAAUGGCAACCAACAGCCAUUAUCAAAGCAGUUCUGAAAGGAGAAAAACUGCAGGGAUCAAUGAAAUCGAUGCCAUCAGUGCACUCAAUGCAAAGGUAGACAAUAUGGUAAGAAAACUAGACUUACUAACCACUAAAUCUGUGAACUCCAUCAUGCAAACUUGUGAUAGAUGCAACGAACCACAUGGAAUUGGAGAAUGCAUGCUAGAUUCUGCAAAUCCACAGACUUUAGAGCAAGUGAACUACAUGAUGAACCAAGGGAGGAGGAAUUACCCAUACUCGAAUCCUUACGACAACAAUUUGAGAAAUCAUCCUAAUCUUUCAUAUGGUAAUUCUAAUAAUACCUUGAAUGCAACACCAGGUUUCUUGCCUCCGGAAAAAAAGUCUCAUGAUGACCUCCUCACUGCUCUUUCAAAAUCACACAUGGAUUUUAUGAAUGAGACAAGAGAACACAAUAAAAUCCAACAAGCUGCGAUAAGAAAUCUGGAGAUCCAAAUGGGACAGUUUGCGAAUAUGAUGGCAGCUCGACCUCAAGGUACGUUACCUAGUAACACUGAGAAAAAUCCUAAAGAACAAGUACAAGCCAUCACCUUGGGAAGUGGCAGACAGUUGGAGGAUAAGCCCAGAAAGGAGAAAGAGAAGGAAGAAGAGAGAAAGGCACCUAUCAUUGAUCUAGUGGAAAAGGAAGAAGUGAAACCUUAUGUUCCACCCGUCCCAUUUCCACAAAGGUUAAAAAAGACACAGGAUGAUAAGAGCUUCAUGAAAUUUCUUGACGUCUUCAAGAAGCUUCAAAUAAACAUUCCUUUUGCUGAAGCUCUUACUCAGAUGCCCAGCUAUGCAAAGUUCUUGAAGGAAAUCUUGAGCAAGAAAAGAAAGAUUGAUGAUCAGGGAAUGGCGAAACUGAUAGAGGAAUGCAGUGCAAUUAUUCAAAAUAAAUUGCCUCCUAAACGAGCAGAAAGAAAGAUUGAUGAUCAGGGCACAUGGCAGAAACUGGAUUAG